AUGACACUCAUGGCUCUAUUACAAAUAAUUAAUGUCCUAGUCUUUACAACUCCCUUUAGCAUAACAAAUGCUUAUUUUCUUGCUAGAGCUAAUUUUUACAAGGACGCUUAUUAUCAAGCACAAGAACAAUUUGCUCAACUUUUCUUUAAUGUUUUUCUAGCUGGCCUUUAUGUGGGCUCCUUUUAUUGCUAUUAUAUCGGUUCGAAACAAUACAGACAACAAGUUUCGUAUGCCUUAAAGAAGGUGUUGAAAUGUGGAAAUCCAGAAAGAAAUCGUGUCAUGCCACUUGGAGAAAAUUUCUGCUUGGCAACAACACGCCAACUCCAAGCAGUAUCUCUCCAUUAA